AUGAAAUUGAUAGCUCAUUCACUCUUCACGGGUUUAUGUGCAAUUAUACUUCUCUCUGGAGGCGCGCUCUCCUCUACCAAUCGAUACCUAUCCCGAAGACAAGAUGAAUCGAUACCAACCACACGGAGCACUUCCGCGGCGCUAUCCGCUUCUCCAAGCUCAACCGCCGUUUCAGAGUCGAGAGCAAGCCUGGAAUCGACACCGAGCUUAGCAUUAUCAAAAGCCGAACCUUCAACUACUACGACAGAGGCAUCAGAGACAGUGGCAACGCUGGAGAACGCACCAUCAGCAUCUGGACAGCCAUACAACAGCAGUACAGAUCUAGAGGAGUCGGAGCAGCUACCCAUCCAGCCUAAGAUUACCCCUGCCGUGGGCAUAGCUGGUGCGUUGUUGAUGCUCACGGGCCUCGUAUACACUCUGCUUGGAAUACAGAAAAAAUGGAUAUAUGUCUCGUUUUCCGUUGGGUAUCUGUUCAGCUUGGCGGUUACAGUCCUGAUCGUAUAUGUCAUGGAUCCUCCAGUAAGGGAUGCGAUUCAAGGCGCUUACCUUGUUGCCGCCAUAGUCACCGGAGUCUUCUUCGGGGGUAUCGCUUGCAUAUUUAGCGAUAUCACACAAGGACUGGGAUGCUUGCUUGGCGGUUACUCCCUAAGCAUGUGGCUCCUUACACUCCGAUCGGGGGGUCUCAUCCAGUCCGUCGCUGGAAAGGCGAUCUUAAUUGGAGUGUUCAGUUUAGUCGCCUUUUCCUUUUCAUUCUCCAGUUACACGAGAAGUUAUGCUCUUGUCGUAUCCAUGUCCUUCUCAGGGGCCACUGUGAUAAUGCUUGGAAUUGACUGCUUCACAAGGGCAGGUCUCAAAGAAUUCUGGUUGUAUCUGUGGGAUCUCAGUCCCAAAAGUUUCCCUAUUAACACGACCAACUACCCGCUCACCAGAGGCAUCAAGGCGGAGGUCGCG